GUUGGGGAAAAGAGGAAUCAGUAUUUGACUCACUCAACAUCUUUUUCCAGAUUCUGAAAAUUACAAAGCUUUUUUAUUCCAUUUUCUAUCAAUAAUGCUAUGUCGUCGAUAGUGUGUGGGCCGCCUGAAGAAAACCAUCUAAUCCCGACACAAGCAGGCCCCAAUUCCGCUUCAAAUUAGCGGCAAUUUACGAAUCAAGCAAGCAAGCAAGCGGGCGUUUGCAGGUAGAUGCAGGCAGGCCGAGAUGAACAAGGGGAUGAGUGCUUCUAGAAUCCCCCCCCCCCCUCUCGCUCCACUCCUCCACACCCCUCUUCUGGGCUGGUCUGGUGGAAGACUGAAAGAUCCUGAUUGCCGGAUCACCGCGGUUGAUUGUUCAGUGCGGUGGUGUUACGUCGACACGGUAUUUACACGAUGAUAAGUCGCAGCAGCACUGCAGGUUGGUUCUGUUCGUUGUGUGUUUCUUCGCUUUCGUUGGUGCGCACUAGAGGGAAGGGAAGACGGCAAGCGGGGGGGCCACCACCACCGCCAUUGUAGCCGAGCAACAACAAUAAAACCAAACCAAGGCGGUCAGGCGGGCAGGCGGGCGAGCGGGCGAGCGGGUGGCCGGGCUAUUGUUGGCCUUGAAAUGCUGUUGCAGCAUUGUAGUGGCGCGCGCGGAAUAAGAACACAACGGUCCACUUCUACUGAAUGAGUAGCAGCAAACGACACGUGGAGAAGUAGCAGGGGAGGAGGGGCGAGAUCCAAAACGAGCAACGAGGGGGUGUUCCAGUCGAGCUAGAAGAGAGAGAAAGAGAGAGAGAGAGAGAGAGAGAGAGAGAGACAGAGACAGAGAGAAACACGGCACACAAGCGAGUAAGCAACGGGGAGAGAACGAGAACGAAAGAGCGAGUGAGCGAUCGACCGAAGGGGAAGGUAAAGGGAAAUCGCCAUCAGACCACCGCGGAUUGUGUACGGAAAGCGCGCGAAGGGAGGGGGUUUCAUUUUUUUUAUUUUUAUGUUCCGCAUUCACACAAAAUUCGGAACGAGUACGGAAAUGAGACGGAGGACUAGGAGCAGAACAGAUAGAAGAGGCAGAAGAGGAAGUACAACAAGAAGCAGAAGGAGAAGAAGAAGGAAGAGGAGCGGAGGUCCCAGGUAGUAUCGAUAGAGCCUGUCUCGCCGCUUGCUUCGCAGCAUCCAGUUGCGACGGAUCCGUUGGCGUGUCGCGUGCGCUCGAUCUAACCCCGACGACUGGUUUUGGCGCCGGGUGCUGGUGGUUUCGCUGGUUCCUUGACACACCACACCAAGCAAACGAACACGACACGAGCGAGACAGUGAUUACCGCCCCAAAAAUACCGCCGCGAUUGGAAGUAAGCGGUCUGGUGGUGUGAGAACCCGGAUAAACGAUGAGCUCGGAGGAGCGAGACCACAAGAUAGUGCUCCGGUACACCGGUCAACUCUCACCGGCCGCCCAUUAUCACCAGCAUUACACCCAUCAACCAGCAGCAUCGCCGUACGGGCAUCAUCAUCAACAGCAGCAGCAGCAGCACCAUCAUCAUGGCGGACCUGCGUCCAACAAUAACAACAAUGGUAGCCAUCACCAGAUCGGGCCACGGUCGGAAUACAUGUACGCCGGUGUUCCACCGGUGGCUGAUCACGAGAACGACGAGUACGAGCGGAAGGGGGGCUGCUUCGUGUCGAUCUGCCGUGGCAUCAGCAUCGCGGUGCUGAUCUUUGUCCUCAUCUUCUUCCUCUCCUUCACGAUCUUUUUCAGCACGAAAUAUGCGUACGAGCACAAACCCAACCUGACGCUGGAGGACUUUCUGAACCACCGGGCGUACCUGAUCGAUAAGCGUUCGCGCAUACCGAAGCACGUCAUCCCAAAGCACUACCGGCUGUUCGUGGAGCCGGUGUUUAACGAGACGAGCAACCCGUUCAGCUACAGCGGCAUCGUUUGGGUGACGGUGACGUCGAAAAAACCGAACAACAAGCGGAUCGAGCUGAACGUGAAGAACCUGCGCAUCCGGAUGGAAGAUGUGGCGGUGCUGAAGAGCAUCCGGCUGACGAACAUGGACUUUGACGAGGAUCUCGAUUGGGAUCUGAGCGAGGAGGAUCUGUACUCGCUGCCGCGGUUGAAUCGCCGCCGCCGUCGGCGCCGCCAGGCUGAACCAACCGUGAACAUGGCGUCCCGUCCCGACAAUCGAUCCGCAACCGCGAUGAAUCCGGUAGAGCGGCACGAGGAUGAGCGGCAGGGCGACCCCCAGCCAGAGAACAGUGCCAGGGAGGUAACGGAUGACGAGGAUGGCGAGGGUGAGGCAGUAGUGGAUGUGACGCUAUCAUCAUCAUCACCACCACCACCACCAAAACCAGUGAUCAACAGCGACAGCACCGAAAAUGCGACCGUGAUCGACAAGUCCAAGUUCUACCACCAUCCCGUUUUUCCGGCCGACGAUUUCGUCACGAUCAAGAUCCUCGACCUGGAGUUUGACGAGUCGAACGAGAAGAUGAUCAUCUUUCUCGGCACGGAGAUGAAGAAGGACAUCUACUACAUCGUCAAGGUGAACUUUACCGGCAACAUGACCAACGACAAGGGCCUCUAUUACACGCACUACGAGGAUGAUGGACCGGCGCACAAACACUUUGCUGCGGCGGUGCUGGAGCCAAACAAUGCCCGGCGGCUGUACCCGUGCAUGGACGAUCACAACUUUCGCUCACCGUUCGAGCUGAACAUUGCGCGGAGGAGCAACAUGAACAGUGCGUCGAGCCUGAACCUGGAGAUGUCGGAACCGAUGGAGGAGGGUGACCUAGUGGUCGAUACGUACAACACGACCGGUAUGGUGCGCGCCUCGGAGAUCGGGUUCGUCGUGACGGAUAUGGUACCGGAGCGGUACAACAUUACGCAACGGGUGAGCCUGCUGGCCUACACCCGAACGCGGUACGACGAGCACAUCAAGAACACGACCGACAUCUUCUCGCGCGUCAUCCACAUCUACGAGCAGUACCUGGGCGUGCUGUUCCCGUACGAGACGAUCCGCUACGUAACGAUACCGAACGCCGAUCAUUCGAUCUACGAGAUCAAGGAGGGUAUGAUUCUGUCGAGCGAGAAGCGGCUCAUCAACGCGGACCACUACUUUCCACCGGUUGUGCCGGGGGUCCAUCUGGUGCAAGUGGUGGUCGCUAACGAGCUGGCGAAGUUACUGAUUCACAAUCUGGCCGAUUACAAGAACAAAGAGACGUACUGGUUGCACGAGUCGAUUCCGCUUUACCUAGAGUCGCUAGCGUUACGCAAUCUAACGGCCGCCGGAUCGACCGUGUUGGAUGAUUUUCUGCUCGAAGGCCGGCUAAGAUCGAUGCGCGAGGAGAUGAACACGAAAACGUCGGCGCUCAAUAUUUUUACCAACCACUGGGAGGAGGAUACACAUUUCGAGCUGGUCAAGUACAAGGGUCUGAGCGUGCUGCGCAUGAUGAACUACACGCUGGGCGUACAGGCCUUCGAUCGGUUUCUGAGCGAUUACUUCCGGUUGCGGAAUGACAGCGAAUCGAUCGAUGUGAUUGACAUCCUCAGCCGGGAUAGCCACAGCCGGCUGGAUGAAGUGUUCAGCAGCUUUCUGCACAGCUGGAGCAGCCUGGAGAAGUACCCGAUCAUCAACAUCCGGCACAACAAUGCUUCCGGGUACUUUGAGCUGCGCCAGAUACCGCUGCCGUUCGAGGAGGAGAUCGAUCAGCUGUGGACGGUGCCGGUUACGUUCAUCAACAACACCAACCAUCGGUUGUUCGCAGAGAAGGUGCGGUGGCUAACCGAUAGCGACAAUUUGCUCGAAAUUAAAUCCAGUGGGAUGGCCUUCAACAACGGCUCGUGGAUCAUUAUCAACCCGAGCGGAAUCGGUUACUAUCGUGUGAACUACGAACCGCAGCACUGGAUCCAGCUGGCACACGUACUGAACCGGCACUUUCACAAGCUGCCAUACACGACACGCGCAAUCAUUGUGGAUGAUGCGUUGAAUUUGGCUCGUCUCGGGCUGCUCAACUACUCCAUCGCGUUCAAUGUGGUUUCGUUUGUGAAGAAGGCGAACGAAGACUACCAGCCCUGGAAGCUGGUGCUGAGCAACCUAGAGUUUGUGAUGCAUGCAACGGAGGAUUUGCCUAAUUUCCAUCACGUCGAGCGCUUCCUGGAGUAUCUCAUCGUGGCAAAGUAUGACGAGAUUCGGCGGGCCGGCAAUACGGUGCGCUACAACCCGUUGGUCGAAGAGCUGAUCGUGCAGUGGGCGUGCAAGCUCGGCGUUAAUGACUGCGUCCGGCGGCACCGGGAACUGUUCGAGGAGAUAUUCAACCGGACGAGGGUACCGUUUGCGCUGCCGGAAGAGCAAUUGCAGCGCAUUCUGUGCACGACGAUCCGUUACAGUGGGCUCACGGAGUGGAAACAGGUGGAGCAGGAGUACCUGCGAACAGACGAUAUCAACUAUCAGCGCAUGCUGGUCAAGAGUCUGGGAUGUACGCGUGAGAUUCGGCUCAUCAAGCGGUUGCUCGGGCUGCUGCGCCAUCCACGCUUCAGCAUGUACACCAAGGAAAUUCUGACGUCGAUUAGCGAAAACAAGGUGGCCCUGAAGUACACGAUGGAUUAUUUGUACAACGAAUGGAUCGAGGUACGCCGCUACCUUACGCUGUACGAUAUAUCGAUUUUGCUGCGCAGCAUCUCAAACAAGAACGAGUUUCUGAUGUACGAGCAAAUCUUCUUCCGCUACUCGUACACCUUCCAGACGAUGGACAAGGAAAUUCUAAAGCGGAUGCGGGACAUGAUCAUGAAGUUGCUCCGGUGGAGGGAGGAAGUCGCACCGAUCAUCGAGUUUGAGCCGUUCCAUUUCGAAGCGAAUGAGAUGGCGGACACAAUCACAUUUCUCUAGUUUUAACGAUCUCAUACUGUAUGCAUUUCUAGGAUGCCUUGUUGAACUUGUGUUACCCUUGUAUAAGGCCAUUUAUAGAUUGAAAGAUAGGUUUUAGGCGCUGGUUAAUACGGCGGUUUAGUUGUAGUCGUGUACCCUUCUGCACUAGCGCACCUGAAAGUCUGAGAUCCGCCACUAACAUCCCUGAGAAGAUAGUGCUAGCCAGCUAUUUGAGCGAAAAUUCGCGAGCGUUCACAGGAAAACGCCACCCAUCGCUACCUGUCGGAAGAACAUCUUUCAAUGAACGCACACUGU